AUGACUCUACCGAGCGACGAACCUGCCCGAGACAACAUCGACAGCCCCGACGUGCACCGUCAUGUGCACGGUGCGGUUGCUUCACACUUCCUCGCUCAACCACGGGACGCGUACGGGGGAGAAACGUGGGCAGACUUCUUACGAGAGGCUGGCGUUGACCCAGCACGCAGACGCCCGCAACCGACCCAUACUUCGACGGCGGCCAGCAUGGACUCUCCGUCGUCGUCCUCGCCCAGCUCAGACCGUAAGAGGCGUCUGACAGCCGCCGAGUCACCCGUGCGCCGGCCGUCGAGCACGAGAAUGCGCAGCAGCUCGCACGCGGGCUCCAGUGCAGACCCUAUCGUGCUAGGCUCGUCGCCCGCGCCCUUGCGUGAGCGACCGCUGCCACCCCCGCCGCCACCCCCGCCGUCGUACUCUGCGCUCUCCAACACACCCAGGCCGUUCAGGCGCGAAAGCGAUCUCGUCUUGCCGCCAUGGCAGCCAGACUCGCAUGUCACACACUGUCCCGUAUGCAACAGACAGUUCACCUUCUUGUUCAGAAAACAUCACUGUAGGAAAUGUGGACGGGUGGUGUGCUCCCAGUGCUCGCCGCACCGCAUCACCAUACCCCGCCAGUUCAUUGUCCACCCCCCGAGUGACGGCUCCAACGGUAUCAUCGACCUCACCGGCGACGACGAUAUGAAUCCCAUGUCCAACUUCGGCCCGUUCCGCAACCCAGCGCUAGGCGGGGGCGAGGAAGUGCGCGUUUGCAACCCUUGUGUCCCCGAUCCAAAUUACAGCCUUCCACCGCAGUACCCGUCUUCGGCAAGCCAUGCUCCCGGUCAACCACCUCAACCACCAGCACGACCAGAGUAUAGCCCGGGCGCUGUGCCACCCUAUCAGCGUGCGCACCGGUCCUCCUCCAGCGUGCACGUUGCACCUCACGCUGCUGGCCAGGGGCAAACGCAAUCCUCGCGGGGUUCGUUCAGCAAUCGACGUGUUAGUUACCAUGAUGCUUCACGUUCUGAGGACCGGUGGCCAUCACCUCUGCCAACCCUUGGACACGUGUAUCCCUCGCAUGCACGCCAGCACGAGCAGAGCCCAUCUUCCUCACGUCCGCCCACCGGUCCUUCUUACCUCCCACAAGCGCACCAGCAACGUGCAGGAUCAGGGUCAAGUUCGGUCAGAGGAGACAUGGUCCCGCGGCAAUUCUUCGUACCGUCGCAGCAGCCUCCACCAAUCCAGCAGCUGAACCCUCGGCCUAGGCGUCAGAUCGCGGAAGAGGACGAGUGUCCCAUUUGCGGAGGCGAGUUACCGGCAAAGGGUCCAGACGGUGAUGACUCAGCGCGAUCUCAGCAUAUCGAGGAGUGCAUUGCACUCCAUUCGUCUUCACCGGCGCCAAAUUCCACAACAAGAACAACACGCCCGCAAGCGCAGACUUCUGCCAGCCUACCUGUUACUCGUACUCGUGGCAUGAGUAGUGCAGGGAAUGGCGAAGGUGCGAGCUCAUCGCACAGGCACAGUCAUGCAGCCCGCGGCAUGUUCCCUUAUAUUGCUACUGAGAAAGAUUGUGUGGAUGAAGAUGGAAAUGAUGCCGAAUGUGUGAUCUGCUUCGAGGAAUUCGAGGCAGGCGACAAGAUGGCCAGGCUGGUGUGUUGGUGCAAAUUUCACGAGAAAUGUAUCAAGGACUGGUGGAAAAUGAAGGGCCGUGGCGCAUGUCCCACACACCAGCUGCACGAGGAGUAG